GAUUAAAUGGAAAUAAACUGAACCUCUCUCUCUCGCUGUGUCAUUUGAGUGCUUAAAGCAUCAAACUAAUAGACAAAGUUCAGAGAAACAGAGGAGGCUGAGCAGGAGAAAGGAUGAGCACACUCACAGUCCCACAACCCCUCCCGACCCCAGAAGAAGACUGCCACAAACUCUACAAGGCCUUCAAAGGCUGGGGCACGGACGAGAAGGCCAUCAUUGAGAUUCUAGGUCGCAGGUCUGCCGUGCAGCGACGGGAGAUCCGUGAGGUUUAUGCGCGCCUCUUCCCUAAAUCCCUUAUUGAUAGCCUCCACUCCGAACUGUCCGGUGAUUUUAGGAGGGCUGUGAUCCUAUGGGUACAAGAUCCUGCUGAAAGGGAUGCAACUUUGGCUCAUGAGGCUCUUAAAAAGAAGGGGUAUCGACAUGCGUCUAUCAUUGUUGAGAUUGCGUGUGCCUCCUCUCCAGACCAUCUGAUUGCUGUACGACAAGCCUACUGCUUCCUCUACUACUCUUCACUUGAAGAAGACAUAAUUAAUUAUUAUUCUCGACACCCUUUCCUGACUCAGUUACUGGUCCGUCUUGUGAGCUCCUAUAGGUAUGAUGGUAUGUAUGUGAAUGAGAACUUGGUUGAUACUGAUGCAGCUGAGCUCUAUAAUGCUAUCAAACUGUGGCAACAAGAGCCCCCCACAGGUCUUGUGAACAUUCUUUCCACAAGAAGCUUUCACCAUCUGAAAGAAAGUUUCCACUGUUACCAAAAAACAAAUGGGAAAUCCUUCUACGAGGAUGUUGAGAGCAACAAGAGCUAUGACAAUGAGCUCAAAUCCAUACUGAUUACUGUUGUUUGCUGCAUAGAGUCUCCAGAAAAGCACUUUGCAGAGGUUGUUAGGACCUCAGUGGUCAGCUUGGGAACAGAUGAGGACUCGUUAACAAGAGCUAUCGUAACUCGUGCUGAGAUUGAUAUGAAGAACAUCAAAGAGGAAUAUAUGAUCAGAUACAAAACCACUGUUAAUGCUGAUAUUAUUGGCGACACAUCCGGAGAUUACAAGAAUUUCUUGCUCACCCUGGUUGGAAGUGCUGAACCUUGACAACCAUGAGCCCCUUGUAUAGUUGGAAGAUCAUUGUAAGUUUAAGAAAUAACAUUGGUCGAAUUAAAUUGCAUUAGAGUAUUGUUGAUAUAUUGUAAGGAUUGUUUGAUAAACAAGCUCUGCUUGGAUGCUGCUGGAUUCUUUUGAAUUCCAUCUGUUUUACAAAUUGUUUCAGUUAUUUCAA